UCUUCUGUUACCGGUCUCCCCCCUCCCUCCUUCCUCCCUCCUUCUCCUCCACUCUUGUCUCCGUGCGGCUGCCUGGAUGGAGCUGGAGCGGGCGGUAGGAGGGGGAGUGACGGGAGGAGGUGGUGGUGGAGGCGGCGGUGGCCGCGCGGAGGCGGCGAGUGACGGUUAGGACGGUUGGAACGGUCCGGGGGGGGGGGCGGCACGAGCCGGGAGGAGGCGAGCUCGAGCGCCGCUCGCCCGCCCGCUCAGUCAGUCAGUCAGUCAGUCAGUCAAGUCAGUCGGUGACUGACACCGCGCCAGACAACAGCCCCAGGUUACCACAUGGACUAUAACAACUGGAUGUCCCCCUCCCACUCCAAGUUCCUCAACUGCCCUGAGGAGAUGUCCUUAACACUGCCAUUAGACAAGUAACACGUCCUUCAGGAUUUGUACUCGAGGCUGCAGAGAACAGAGUUUGCCUAAAGCGACACAGGAUGGGAAUGGAAAAUGCUUGUGACUGAAUCCUGGAGAAGACACAGUGGCUAUAACUUCAUGAAAGGACGUCUGUUGGAAUGAUUCUUUAUUCUACUAUGACUUUCAAAUUGACCACGGCAAGAUUCUUGUGGUUUAGUGGAUAAUUGUCUGCUUACAAAACUUAUCAGUUUGGAACUUCGUUUAUUUGUACAUUUGCUUCUAAAGAUUGUUUGCAGAUGAACCGCACUACGUUUAGAAAUGGACUGUCAGGACCUGCAGUGGAAGUAUCUUGGUUGCUUCCUGCCUGGUUUUGCCCAGUAAGGGCAGGUUGAAGUUGGAAUUGCAAGCAUUGCUUGAAAAACAGUAUGCAGGAAGCUGGUUUUCAAGCUACAAAUGCUUUAAAAGAGUGCAAAUUCCACUGCACCAAUGGCAACUGUUUGAAAUUUGGAAACUUGAUUUGCAACCAACUAAAUGACUGUGGGGAUAACAGUGAAGAAGAAAACUGCCCGCUAGUAACUGAACACCCACCUCCAACCAUUUUUAACUCUGAACAAGAAUUUGUGAAGAUAUCAUCAUUGUUGCUAGUACUGACCGUGAUGGUGGUUGUAAUCAUUUGCCUGCUGAACCACUACAAACUUUUAACACGGUCUUUAAUAAAUCGACAGAGUCAAGCUAGACGGCAAGAAGAAGCAUUGCAUCCUGAAGGGUGCCUAUGCCCAUCAGAUAGCAGCACAGUAUCUCGUCACGGUGCUUCUGAGAUGACGUAUUCUCCAAGAUCAAGGGACCGAUUUUCAGCCCCAUCUUUCAUGCAGAGAGAGCGCUUUAGCCGCUUCCAACCUACGUAUCCUUACGUGCAACAUGAAAUUGAUCUUCCUCCCACCAUUUCACUGUCAGAUGGAGAGGAGCCUCCUCCAUAUCAGGGGCUGUGCACACUACAACUUCGAGAUCCAGAACAACAAAUGGAACUCAAUCGUGAGUCUGUCAGGGCACCACCUAACAGAACUAUCUUUGAUAGUGAUUUGAUUGACAUCUCUGUGUAUAAUGGAGGACCGCGCCCACCAAGCAGCAAUUCUGGCAUAAGUGCAACUAAUUAUAGCAGCAAUGGAAGGAUGGAAGGACCACCGCCCACCUACAGUGAGGUUAUGGGUCACUACCCAGGGUCAGCAUUCUUCCAUCACCAGCACAACACACCAUCUUCACAGGGCGAUAAUGGACUCCAAUUUCAGCAGAACAAUGAAGACAAUACAAUCGUCUCAUUUCAAGGAAAGGAUUUGCAUAUGGGAAAAAUUGUUUGACUGGCUCUGUGCAUGCUUGUACUGAAAUGGGUGCAGCAUUAUGGGUCUGCACUCUGGUGGCACAAGGUGUUACUUUGUGGGAAUUGGUUGGUAAAACCAAACACAAAAUUCUGUUGUUUUCUUUAGGGGAGUGCAUGAUAUGUUAUCCCCAACAAUUUACCUUCCACUUUGACAAAAUUGCAGUGUUUGACGAACAGUUUUAUAUCUGGAUUAUUUAAUUUUAAAGAUACUUAACAACAAAUUUCUUCUAUUGCCUUGUAGACUCUUUUGUAGUAACUGAAUUGUCCAAGGUGGAUGCUUAAGGCAUUUAAUUGAAAACUGUUUUGGCCAGUUUUGUGAUAUUGUCAAACAAAAAAACUAAAAUUCCUUUUCAGUGCUGACAAAGGUGGAAGAAAAAAUACGCAAUGAUUUAACUUGUUUGUGAAAAAUUGAAAUGUUGCACUAUUUUCUUGUUUGGAUGGGAAAAAGAAAAUUAUUGGAAACAUUAAUCUCACUUUUGUCUUUGCAUCUGUGGAACUGAACAGAAUUACCAAGGAUGUGGGGGACGAGCAUCUUCAGAGAAUGGAGUCAUUUCCGAAGUGAUUUCUGGUUCCAGCCUAAUACCUAUUCAAACAGGAAAUGGCAAAUGCAAGGACACAAAAUGUUGACUGUCAUUGCAAUAAAUAUAAGGUAUACCAAUAUGAGGAAAAUUUCCAUCUUGAAACUUACCAGGUUUAAGAUAGCUUAAAGCUCAGUUGUUCCAAGUUUGCAGCUGCUUAGAAUGAACAGUGAUCCAUAUUUGCAACUGCUCAAAGAUAUUUGCAUAUUUGCACUUGCUUCAUCUUGCUCUCCCAAUACAUUGAAAUUAGUUAAAAGACAUUAUGUAGAAUAUGUAAGUUAGGCAAGUAAACUCUACAUUACUUAAAAUAUUUUGCUAUUUGUAAAGUGCUGGAAUGGUUCAGUUCCAAUUCUGCAGAGAAAAAAUAAACAUAGAUUUAAGUUCCAUAGGUGGAACUUCAAAUUUAGACUACUUCUAGUUCAGUCUAGAUAUGCAGUGAUCUAUGUUACACUUACACAUGGAUCUGUUAAUUUUUUUUUACUGAAAAUACAAAUUAAUAUUUCCAAAAAAAGUCAAACCACAUUUAAGCUGUUUUACGUUUGGAACCUUUCAGACAUUUACAGCCCAUUUUGAUCAAAAACUGAUGUUGAACAUGUGCAAGACACUAAAGCAAUGCCCUUCCCAGUGAAUUUUGAACAUAAGAUUUUCAGUGUGAUCAUUAUUUCUAUAUGCAUCAAUUAAUGUCAGAUGAAAUAUUGCCAGGAGCACACAGAAAGCCAUUGAGAGUUUCCAAAAGUGACAUGAGUGCAGCCCUUGCUGAGUGCCGUCCUCAUUCUAAACUGUUAAACUGGUUUUCAUUCUUUGUAUUUUCAAAGUACGUUUUGGAAUUACCCAUAAACUAAAUACUUGAAACUUUAUUGACUUUCACAGUCGAUUUUCCUUAACCCUUAAGGAAGUUUUAGUUAAAAACAUAGAACAGCUGCAGGUUACUAAAUUUCUGCAAUACUUUUCACUACUUGAUUUAUGUACUUUUACAGCCCUUGGAAAACAUACAGUGAAAGUUUUCACUUAGAACAUUUGUGAGUCGGUCCUGCUUUCAGAAAAGAUUUUUAAAAAUGACUGAAUCCUGAGAUACAUGAAUAUUUAGCAGCAAGCAAUAUGUAUUCCAAAAGCAAUGCUUAGAUAUUUCACUGCUUUGUGGCUACAGAUGAUAUUACAAUGAGAGUAGGAAGAUAUUAACCUUGUAGUGAGUUUGUAUUUUACAGAUGACUUUCUAAUACACACUUCACAGUUGGUUAUAAAAAAUGGAAAUGGUAUAAAAUAAUCGGUGGCUGUUUAAAACAAACUGCAAAAGUGAGAUAGUUACUUCCAUUAAUGCAACUCCUGCAGAUUAGGGUGGAUUUUUUUCAAUAAUUUGUCACAGCCAUAUUAUGGCAGCUUCUAAGCAUCAGUGUUGUGAGUGAACUAUUUCUGGUGCAAUUUGGCACUAAAAUGUGUUUUGCUUGUAUCACAUGCUAAAUGCUUGCUUUCCCAUCCCUGUCACACACCCUCCUCCUCUUCCUCCAUGCAGGAACUAUAAUGUAGCAAACAAAGAUUCAGAGCUUUUCCACACACAAUGCAAGGUUGUGCUUUGAAAGAACCAUUUGUGAAACCAGGUAUGUCCAUAUGAAUGAUGGUCACUAUGCCAUGAACAACAUAUUGGGCUAAGUGUACAUUUGGUAUGUCAUGGAAUAUCUAAUACUCCACCAUUUGUAACAUAAAGGGGAAGCUUUAUGUAUAUAUAAAGAUAACCAACAUAUUAAGGCAGUUUUUCCAUUAAAUAAAUCAUCAUUAAAGUGAUACUAUAACUGAUGUAGAUAACUGCAGAUUUCUAUAGAGAAUGGUUAAAACUGAACAAGUCGUCCCACCACCUUAUCCAAUUUCCUGGACAGGCUUUUUUGUGUCUUUAUAAUGUUUAUAGCAUAACAGAUAUUACUAAUAAUGUAUCUUCAGAGUAUCUUCGUAGACUUAGCCAUUAUAAAUACAUCAGUCAGCCAUUUUAUGAAGGGCUAUGAAGGAUCCUUUUAGAAUCUUGCCUCCAAUUUUAGCCUUCUCCCAUUGCAUACAGCUGCAUGCUAAGAAUGGCAAUGAGGCAGAAACUAAUCUCAAACAAGACUUAACUUUUUAGACCUACUGGAAUAGAAGAAAAACCUUAACACUUAAUGCUAUCUUUGCUAUUGCAGAUGCAUUUUCUCAACAUCAGGCAAUAUUGCACUUUUGCUAUUUAAAAGAUAUUUCAUAUAUGACCUUGCCUCAUGCCUUGCAGUAGCCUGUAUGACUCUUGAAUGAAAGAUAAAUCUUAGUCGCAGUGUUUCCUCAUUUCUUAAGUAUUUUUUUGGGUAAUGUAAGCUGUAUGAUUUUUAGUGAUUGGCAGUUAACUUGUCCUGUGGUGUUGCUGCUUCUAUUGCUUUCGAUAAUUUUUAUGUCACUUAUAAUCAUACGGUAUAUCAUAAGACAUGGUGCGAAAAAAAGCCUCUUUAUGCUUUCUAUCUUGGCUUGUUCUGUCAGCUGUGGUAGAAACUGAUCUAUAUAUAUUUUGAGGAGGUUUGCAUGUUACUAGUAUGUGAGCAGAUAAGGUGCCUCAUUUUCAGGUUUGAGCAGACAUAGGAAUCCCCUUGCACUCUGAGCUCCCACCUUUGUUGUGCCUCACUUAAAUAUGGUGCUUCUAUUGUUGUCUCUUUUAUGUUUAUUUGUAAGGUGCUGUAUAUAACUUAAAUAUAUUAUGCACAUAUCCUACCCAAUGGGUAGAAAAAAUACAUUGUUAAUAAUGUAUGAUAAUGUAUAAAUGACAAAUUUUAACAAUGGCAUAGAAUUUAUGAAUGCCUACCAUGUGCUUUGUCCUUUUUGUAAACAAACGUUUGCAAAAUAAUACAUAAAGAAUAUCUACUUAGUUUAUUUUCCUAAAAAUGAUUGAUUAUCUUGUAGUGUUAAAGUAAAAAGCUAAGAAUAUUGAGCUUGAUAAUAGUCCCCUUAACUGGGGGUACGCAACAGAAUUCUCAAUUGUAAGUGUAAUCUUUCAGUGAAGAUUUGCUAAGUCAGCAUUAAAAUGCAAUAGAAUAUUCACAAUUUAUUUUUCCUAUUAUUUGGCUCCCACCUAGUUAGACCAGAAUUGAUUUAAAGAAUGACUUGUAUUUCCUUUGUUCUUUAGUUACUGAUUGGAAAAUUUAAGAUGCUGAACGCUUUUUUUAAAUGCAGAGAAAAUUUAGGAAAAGUAACAGCCAAAAAUACUUGAUUGUUAAAAAUAAUUGGUUACAUUUUCAAAAUUACUUCAACAUUACCAAUCACGUCCUUCACUUUGACAAUUUUUGAAGGAAACAAGUACAUUCUGAGAAAUGUAGUUGCAAACAGGAGGUCGAGCUAAGGUUGAAGAAAUUGGGUCUGAGUGGUGAGGUUUUCAAAGUUAAUAUAAGACAAAACCUGGGCGAGGAUUCAGACCAGCGAGCUAGUGGUUCAUAGCUGCACAGCAGUUUUGAAGCUGUGAUGUCAUUUGAGCCUGUCAAAAUACCAAAGUGAUAAUAAUCAGAAACUAAGAAAGUUAUGAGCAUAAGUUAUUUGUAUUUGGUCUUAUUUUCUUGAGUUACAAAACCACAAAUGAUCAGAUAAAGGGGAGAGGGGAACAACUUCUAUUCCUCCAAGUCCCUGGUUGGGUCUGGAAGAGGGUAAAACAGCAGUGGCCUAUCUAAAGGAGUGACUAUAUAUGAUUUUAGUAUUCACCUAUCAUUUACAUUUGAUGCAAAAGGCAGUGGAACUAUAAACAGUGCAUAGGUUUAAAAAUAAUCACCUCAAAUAUAGGAAAUGUUAUAACUGCAUUUGAACAAUGUUUAACAAUUGAUACUAGAAUCCCUGAACAAAGGAAUGCUAAGUACAGUUAGCUUAUCUUAGCAUAGUGUCGUUUCUUUCAAAUGUUAGCAUUUUUUAAUUAUGUAUCCUAAUGGUUCCUUGUAGACAACAUACGUUCAUUUUUAUUUAGAAUAUUUUUUUAAACAUAGCAGUGCUGCAUAGAUGAAGAUAGUCAAAUACAGCUGCCAGCUUUCCAGCUGCUAGGAUUAUGGCAGGCUUUGUUCCGGCUUUGGUGCCUCAGCUACAGGAGAUUUUACUGCAACUUUCAAGCCAUCAUAUACCCUUUUGUUAAUUACUGACCAAAACAAAUGAUGUGUGUACAGCAAUAUCCAAAAUAGUUUAAUGUUCCUUGUGUUUAAAGUUUUAUCACAAAAACAUAGUACUGGCAGAAAGAUUAACUACAAUGUAACUUGUACACUUAGACAUCUGCAGCUUAAAACGGCAAAAUUUGUGUAUGGAUUUUUUUUAAAAGAAGCAGUAUUUACUUAUUUCCAUAACACCACUAUCUACAGAAAAGAUUGAAACUUGUGUAUUUGCCUAUUUUUAAUUAAGCAAUGGUGAUGUCAUAGUUUAUAGACCUGAGGUCUGGUAUCGCAAUACUUUACUGAAAAUGUUGCUAAGUGCUGUUGUAGUCAAAAAUAUUUUAUGCUUAUUUUGCUGUGGUCAGACAACAGCAAAAAUUAAAAAAAAAUUAAAUUCUGGCUUCCAUAUCAUUUCUUGUGUGUUGCUUUAAAUGAAACUCAAGAACAUUAAUCUACACACAUGAUGCCAUCCCAUUGUCAUAUUUUGUUGAUAACAUGCCUGUGAAGAACUUCAAGAAUUUUUAAUUACAUUAAAUUCAAUGAUUACAGGAAAAGACAUUCUAACAUCUCUCAGUUGAAUUGUUUAUUUUGUAGUUUGAUUUAAUCUGUAAACAUGUUGGAAUGGUAAAUGCUUUUUGCUUUUCUCUACAUUAAUCUUAGGGAGGCUAUUGGCCUACAGUAUCUGUGCCAGCCAGAAGUAACAGCUACUCUGCCCAAUCCCAACUUCCAGCAGUAAGUCUGUAGCCCUGUACCAUUUGAUUUUUCAUAUAGUGCAUGUCUGUGGUGGAGAGGGAAAUAAAAGUUUUGCACCUUCCCCAAGGCAAGUAUAGCUUGACACAAUUUAAAAUAAAGGUUCUAUUGUGUCUUCAACUUCAGAAGACCUCAUUGUUUACCUUGUAAAAUCAGUACCAUUUACAGUGAGAACUAAAGUGAAAAUUUCAAUUGGUGUAGAGUGCUUCCCCUCUAGAAGUAGUGGGUUGCUCAAUUUGUUUAAUUUCGCAUCUUAUUCGAUAACAUGUGAAUGCAAAUCUAAAUGCUGAGAAGGUUGUGCUAUUUAUUACUACUUUAAUACUGAAUCCUGAAAUGGCCACAAUCCUGCUAGAUAUUGAUGAGCUAAAGUCAGUAUGGUGAUAAUACAGUUAAAGGAAAAUGGAGUUACACAUACCUGCCAUCUCUCAGACCAAAUGCAGUGAUGAUGCCCCU